AUGCCUCCUGCAAACGCCACUACCGAAGAGCACCAAGAGCUCCUUGACUCUCUCGACAUCGCCUCCAUCCCCCGACCCUUCCGCAACUCACACUGGAGGCCCUCCCAACGCCGUAACAAAAACGUCAAACAACUCCUCUCCGAAUCCUCCCGCAAAGAAGCGUCCUCAAUGGCAACUCAGGUCAACUCCGGUGCCACCACACCCUUCGCAGUCAGCAGCACAACGGACGGCUCCCAAACCCCCGUCGUCGCGACAGGCACAGCCGCGCGUACCCCCAACAUCGCACAGGCAGCCCAGAGUCUAUCUACACUUGUCCUAGAAAGGAACCUCAAAGCUGCAAAUAAUUCUUCUUACACGGGUGGUCCGGCGGUUACGUAUACGAAUAUCGAGUCUGCACCGUCGUUGAGUCCUGCUCAUCAGCAUCGGUACUGUGAUCUUACUGGUCUUCCGGCACCGUAUACGGAUCCGAAGACGAGAUUGCGAUAUCACAAUCGAGAGAUAUUUGGGGUUGACUUCGGGAGUGUUUUUAUUUCCUCAAAUUGGAUACGAGAUUCUAAUUACUUGACCGACCUCAUCUGA